AUGUCCGCGCCACACAAGCAACACGAUCAUUUGUUCAAGCUCUUGAUUAUUGGAAACGCGGGUGUUGGCAAAAGCUCGAUUCUAGUGCGAUUUGCCGACAACAUUUUCACCCAGAGUUACAUAACCACUAUUGGAGUGGAUUUCAAAAUCAGAACGAUUGAGGUGGAGGGCAAAAAGAUCAAGCUUCAGAUUUGGGAUACAGCGGGCCAGGAGCGAUUCAGAACAAUCACAGCGACGUAUUACCGUGGCGCGCAUGGAGUGGUGGUGGUGUACGAUCUCACUGAUGCAGAGUCAUUUACUGGCGUUCAAAAGUGGAUUAACGAGAUUCAAAAUCAUUGCGAAGACGUGCCAAGAGUGCUAGUCGGGAAUAAAGUCGACUCGCCAAACAGAGUCGUCGAGAAAAACGAUGCGGACAUGUAUGCGCAGCAACAAAACAUCAAAUAUUUCGAGACGUCUGCCAAAAGCAACAUUGGCGUGGAGGAAAUGUUCACCGAAAUCACUCGCCAGGCGCUGCAUCAAAAAGUUCAGUCCUCGGCGCCGAGCAACGAGCCAAUAAAGCUAAAUAACCAGCAACAGAAGCAAAAGAAACCCUGCUGCAAAUAA